GAAGUGGCGGAGGGGAAGCGGCGCCGCUGAGGGGCCCGAGCGGGACCGGGAUCGGAACCGGGAUCGGGAUCAGGAGUUGGGAACGGGAACCGGGAUCGGGACCGGCAGCGGCGGCGGGGAGCGCCCCCGCGCGCAGCUCCAGCCAUGGGGGACAUGAAGACGCCGGAUUUCGACGACCUGCUGGCCGCCUUCGACAUCCCGGACAUCGACGCCAACGAGGCGAUCCAGUCGCACCAGGAGGAGCCCGAGGCGCCCGGGAAGGCGCUGCCGGGGGAGCCGGGCCCCGGCGCCGCCGCGGCCGAGCCCGCGCUGCCGCACGCCGACAUCUCGGCCGUCAGCGUCAUCGUCAAGAACACCGUGUGCCCCGAGCAGGCCGAGCCCAAGGACGGGCACGGGCACGGGCACGGGCUGGCGCCGCGGCUGCUGCAGAACGGCUUCGGCUCCGAGGGCGCCCGGCCCGCCGAGCCCGCCCCCAACGGCGACUGCUGGGCCAAGGAGAAGGGCGCCAAGGGCCUGGAGCUCUUCUCGCCCUUCAGCCCCGAGCCCGGCCACGACGGCGCCGACCUCAUCGACCGCAAGGCCAAGGACAAGGCGCCGGCCGCGGGCCCCGCUGCCGGCUGCAAGGAGCCGCUGGGGGACGGCCCCGAGGGGCUGGAGCCGCCGUUCCCGGCGCCCUUCCGGGCUGCGGAUGGAGCCCACCCUGUCCCCUGCAUCAAGAAGGAGGAGUCGGACCCGGAGGAGGCUCCGGGCCGGGGCUGCAGCCCCAAGGGGCUGGCGCUGGAUCACCUCAAGUCCGUCACCGUGCGGUACCCGGCCGGGGGCUCGCCCGCGGCGCCGUGGCCAGGAGCGGAGCCAGCGGCGCUGGACGGCGGCACCGGCGCCGGGGCUGAGCUCAAGCACUCGCCCGGGAGCCCCCGGGAGCCGUUCUCAUCGCCAGGAGUGCCCGUGCCGCCCUCCCCCAAGCAGCUCUCCUUGAAGGAGGAGCGGGAGGUGCUGGGGAAGGCCGUGGGGAGCCCCCCGAGCGCGUCCAGCGCUGAGGAGGAGGAGGAGGAGGAGGAGGAAAGCACCAACUCGCCGUCCUCCAGCUCCUCGCGGCCGCUCAAGGUGCGCAUCAAAACCAUCAAAACCUCCUGCGGCAGCAUCACCAGGACGGUCACCAGGGUGUCCUCGGACUCGGAGCCGCCCUGCAGCAAAGUGCCCAGCGAGCAGAGCUCCCAGGAGCCCCUGGAGGGUCCCGCUGGCGUCCCCACGGAGGCGGCCAAGGAGAAAUCGGAGCUCUCCAGCCCCCUGAAGAGCACGGAGGGGCCCAAAAUCGUCAGCGUGCAGCUGGGCAACGGCACCAAGCUGAAGGGCACCGUGCUGCCCGUGGCCACCAUCCAGAGCGCCAGCAGCGCCAUGCUCAUCGCCGCCAGCGUGGCGCAGCAGAAAUCCGUGGUGCUGCCCGCCAAGGCCGGCAAAUCCGUGGCCAAGAACAUCCUGAGCCUGGUGCCGCAGCCCCUGCCCAAGGGCGACGCCCGCGCCAACGGCGGCGCCAAGGCCGGCGGCGGCGCCAAGGCCAACGUGGCCGGCACCGUCAUCUCGCGCAGCCAGUCCAGCCUGGUGGAGGCCUUCAACAAGAUCCUCAACAGCAAGAACCUGCUGCCCACCUACAAGCCCAACCUGAGCCCGCCGGCCGAGGCCAGCCUGGCGCUGCCGCCCUCGGGCUUCCGCUGCCUCGAGUGCGGCGACGCCUUCGCGCUGGAGAAGAGCCUGGCGCGGCACUACGACCGGCGCAGCAUGCGCAUCGAGGUCACCUGCAACCACUGCACCAAGCGCCUGGUGUUCUUCAACAAGUGCAGCCUGCUGCUGCACGCGCGCGAGCACAAGGACAAGGGGCUGGUGAUGCAGUGCUCGCACCUGGUGAUGCGCCCCAUCGCCCUGGAGCAGAUGAUCGGGCAGCCCGACGUGACGGCGCUGGCGCCGCUGGCGCUGCCCGCCGCCAGGGCGGCGCAGGAGGGCGGCGCGGGGCCGGAGCUGCUGCCCGUGCUGCCCCUGGGCUCCGAGCCCGGCAGCUACAGCUGCUUCCGCUGCCUCGAGUGCAAGGAGCAGUGCAAGGACAAGGCCGGGCUGGCCACGCACUUCCAGCAGGCCGGGACGGGCAGCGGCAGCAGCAGCAGCAGCAGCACGGUGUGCUCGGCGUGCCCCAUGAUCCUGGCCAACCGCUGCAGCUUCAGCGCGCACCAGCGCAUGCACCGCAGCCGCCCGCCCCACGUGUGCCCCGAGUGCGGCGGCAACUUCCUGCUGGCCAACUUCGAGUCGCACCUCAAGGAGUCCUGCCUGCACUUCUCCCGCAGGGUGGGAUACAGGUGUCCCAGCUGCUCCGUGGUGUUCGGGGGCGUCAAUUCCAUCAAGUCCCACAUCCAGAGCUCGCACUGCGAGGUUUUCCACAAGUGCCCCAUCUGCCCCAUGGCCUUCAAGUCGGCGCCCAGCGCCCACGCCCACGUGUACACGCAGCACCCCGGCUUCAGCAACCAGCAGUCCAAGAUGAUUUACAAGUGUGCCAUGUGUGACACGGUGUUCACGCACAAGCCGCUGCUGUCGUCGCACUUUGAUCAGCACCUGCUGCCCCAGCGCGUCAGCGUCUUCCGCUGCCCGCAGUGCCCGCUGCUCUUCGCGCAGAAACGCACCAUGCUCGAGCACCUCAAGAACACGCACCAGGCGCAGCCGGGCCCGGAGGAGCCCUCGCGGCGCUCGGGGCCGCUGCCGGCGCCCAAGGCGGAGCUGCCGGAGCCGCCGCGGCGCUCGGGCUCCUCCUCGAGCUCCUCGGAGGAGGAGGAGGAGGAGGAGGAGGAGGCGCCGAGCUCGCCCGAGCUGCGGCGGGCGCGGCGCGGGCGCUUCCCGCGGGGCAGGGCCGGCGCCAAGGCCAAGGGCAGCGGCUGGAGCUGCGGCCUCUGCCACGCGUGGUUCCCCGAGCGCGACGAGUACGUGGCGCACAUGAAGAGGGAGCACGGCAAGUCGGUGAAGAAGUUCCCGUGCCACCUGUGCGAGCGCUCCUUCUGCUCGGCCCCGAGCCUGCGGCGCCACGUCCGCGUCAACCACGAGGGCAUCAAACGCGUCUACCCCUGCCGGUACUGCACGGAGGGGAAGCGAACCUUCAGCAGCCGCCUGAUCCUGGAGAAGCACAUCCAGGUGCGGCACGGCCUCCAGGUGACCGACCCCGCCCGCAGCCAGCAGGUGGUGACGGCCCGCGGCCCGCCCGGCCCCAACCAGGCCCCGGGCCGCCGGCGCAAGCUCUCCUCGGAGGAGUCGUGCAGCGAGGAGCCCGACAGCACCACCCCGCCCGCCAAGAGCCCGCGGGCGCCGCUGCGCUGCCGCAAGUGCGGGCUGAGCGCCGGGAGCCGCGCGGAGCUGCAGGCGCACCUGGCGCAGCACCGCCCGCAGGGCGCGCCCCAGUGCCGCGAGUGCGGCCUCUGCUUCACCUCGGCCAGCGCGCUCGGCCGGCACCGCUUCAUCUCGCACAAGAAGCGCCGCGGGGCCGAGCCCGAGGAGCCCGCGGGGGCGGCGGGGAGCGGGAACGGGAGUGGGAACGGGAGCGGGAACGGGGCCGCCCCCGGCGGGAACGGCGGCAGCAGCGCCGAGGGGAAGCUGGAGUGCAAAGUGUGCGGGCGGGGCUUCGAGAGCCAGCUCAACCUCAAAACGCACUUCAGGACCCACGGGAUGGCCUUCAUCCGGGCCCGGCAGGGCAACGAGGAGAACUGAGCGCUCCUGGGAUUCUGGAAUGUCCUGGGAUUGUCCUGGGAUUCAUCCGGGCCCGGCAGGGCAACGAGGAAAAGUGAGAACUCCUGGGAAUCCCGGAAUUCCUGGCAUUGUCCUGGGAUUGGCUUCAUCCGAGCCUGGCAGGGGGCUGAGGAGACCUGAGCCUUCCUGGGAAUCCUGAGAUUCUGUGGGAUCAGCUCUGAGCCCGGGAAUCUCGGCAUUCCCGGAAUUCCAGGAUCAGCCCGAGGAGAGCUGAGCGUUCCCGGGAAUUUCAGCAUUCCCAGAAUUCCGGGAUCAGCCUGAGGAGAGCUCAGCAUUCCCAGGAAUUUCAGCAUCCCCGGAAUUCCGGGCUGGGCUCCAAGGCCGGAAUCGGCGCCGUGUACAUAAAUCCCCCCCGAGCCCUUCCCGGUGUCCGAGGAGGGAAAGUUGGGAAUGGGACUGGGGCGAUCCCCAAUCCCGCCGGGAACCCCCUGGGAAUGUUGGAUUUUGGGGGGAUUUGGGGUUUCCGGGACCCCUCCGGGCCCUUCCCAGGAAUUCCCGGAUCCAGACGGGUUGGGGGAAGCUUUUCCAGCAAAAUCCGCCUUUUCUGUUAUUAUUUUUGGGGUUUUUUUUGUUUUCCUGGAUUUUUUUCCCGUUUGGGAACGGUCCUGGUGUGUUUUGUUGGGAAGGGGGCGAUUCCAGAGCCCUGGAAUUCCGGAGGUGCCCGGGAAGGACACUUGGACACAGCUGGACAUUGCCGAGGGAGCAGGAGGAGGAAAAAAGCUGGAAAAAUGAGAGAAAAUAAGGAAAGAGGAGAUUUUUCCUUUGGCAAAGGAAUAAAAAACCCCAGGAUUGGGAAUGGAUCCCAAAUCCCAGCCAGGACCCUUUCCCAAAAGGAAAAAUGGGAAAAUGCUCUCGAAUUCCAGGCUGAGGGUGAGGUUUGGGCCUUUUCCAGCGUUUUUCCAUCUCCUUCCCUCGGGAUCCGGGACCUUUCCCACCCCAAUCCCCCCAAAAUCCCCUGGAAAAGCUGCUCCCACCUCGGCACCGCCGUUCCCGGAGAAUUCCCAGAGAAUUCCCUGAGGAUUCCCUCCCCUCUCCCUGUAAAGCUGUACCAUACACUAAAAUCCCCGAAUCCCAACAACUGCUGUGCUCCCUCUGGGAUUUGGUUUGGUUUCCCAAGGUUUUUUCCCCAUUUUUUUGUGUUUUUCGGGAUGGCAGAAGCUGCUUUGGGGUUGAUUUUUUUUUUUUUUUCCUUUUAUUUUGGAUUUUUAUUCCCGGUUUUUCUGACUUUUUCCAAGCAGGAAUGAGGGGAGUUUCCCCUCCCCUUUUCCCUGCGGGUGGAUGGAUGGAAAAAGGGUGGGAAAAAACUGGGAAAAAUCAGGUGGAAUCGGCCAUUCCCAAAAAUCCCCCAGGCCGGGUGUAAAUAUAGAGAAGAAAUUAAAGUUUCUAUGAGAUUUAGAAUGAAAAAAAUUCCCAAAAAAAAAAAAAAAAAAAACAAAAACCCAACUAUGGAAAAAUGGCUUUGGACCCACGGUUUUCAGCAUUUCAGUGCCUUGAGCUGGACUAGGGGGUGGAGGGAGGGAGGGGCUGGAAUUUCGGGGUUGGAGCUCUGGAAUUUUGGGGAUGUUCCCACCUGGAAUUUCGGGAAUGUUUCCCCUGGAAUUUUGGGAAUGUUCUCCCCUGGACUUCUGGGGUUGGACUGCUGGAAUUUCAGGGGUGUUCCCCCCUGGAAUUUCUGUGUUGGAGCCCUGGAAUUUUGCGGUUGGACCCCUUAAUUUCAGGGAUGCUCUCCCCUGGAAUUUCGGGAAUGUUCCCCCCGGUAUUCCGGGGCUGUUCCCCGGGGGUUUCGGGGAUUUUUCGGGAAUGUGCUGACGGAAAGCCGCGGGCUCGGGAGGCUCUCAGGAAUUCUUUAUUCUGUAGGAAUCGAUUCCAUUAAACUCCAGUGGUUUCA